GAGUGGCCUGGACCGGUGGCCGGCCGAGCGUCGCUUACAAACUGGAGCGGCGCUCCUUCCCGACGAUCACUUGUUCACCUUCACGGCCACGGUGGGACCGAGACUGCGAGACGCGCACGGAGAGCGAAGGAGGCAAAGAUCAACUCCCUGCGGUUCUAACAUCAGCCUGGGUCCUACUCAGCGCAUUCAUUCCUCACUAAAAUCAUCGGACACUGGCCGACAAGAUGAGCAAGAAGAUGGAGGACGAGGCCGUGUUGGACCGCGGGGCGUCCCUCGUCAAGCACAUCUGCGACCAGGAGGAGGUGGAAGGUCACCACACCGUUUACAUUGGCGUGCGAGUCCCCAAGAGCUACCGCCGCCGCCGACACCACCGUCGGCGAACGCCCGGCAACAAGGACAAGAAGGAGCGGCCGUCGGAAAACGCCUCCGACAACGAGACCAACGACGAGGUCGGCAACAGCAUCCUCAAGCCCCUCAUCUCGCCGGCCGCCGAGAGGAUCCGUUUCAUCCUCGGGGAGGACGAUGACGGCCCGCCGCCUCCGCAGCUCUUCACCGAGCUGGAUGAACUGCUGUCGGUGGACGGCCAGGAGAUGGAGUGGAAGGAGACGGCCAGGUGGAUCAAGUUUGAAGAAAAGGUGGAGAAAGGCGGCGAGCGCUGGAGCAAACCUCACGUGGCCACCUUGUCCCUGCACAGCUUAUUUGAGCUGCGCACCUGCAUCGAGAAAGGCACCAUCAUGCUGGACAUGGAAGCGUCCACCUUACCUCAGGUGGUUGAACUGAUCACGGACAACCAGGUGGAGAGCGGCCAGCUGAAGGCUGAGCUGAAGGACAAGGUGAUGUACACGCUGCUCCGCAAGCAUCGGCACCAGACCAAGAAGUCCAACCUGCGCUCGCUGGCCGACAUCGGCAAGACGGUCUCCAGCGCAAGUAGGCUCUUUUCCAACCAGGAGAACGAUAGUCCCACCACCACCCACCGGAACCUGACCUCCAGCAGCCUCAAUGACAUCUCUGACAAGCCGGAGAAAGACCAGCUGCGGAACAAGUUCAUGAAGAAGUUGCCCAGAGACGCAGAGGCUUCUAACGUGCUGGUGGGCGAGGUGGACUUCCUGGACGCGCCCUUUGUGGCUUUUGUGCGUUUGCAGCAGGCCGUCAUGCUCGGCGCCCUGACGGAAGUUCCCGUUCCCACCAGAUUUUUAUUUGUACUGCUCGGGCCCAAAGGUAAAGCCAAGUCCUACCACGAGAUCGGACGAGCCAUCGCUACCCUCAUGUCGGACGAGGUGUUCCACGACAUCGCAUACAAGGCCAAGGACCGACAGGACCUGCUGGCCGGCAUCGACGAGUUCUUGGAUGAGGUGAUCGUGCUGCCUCCCGGCGAGUGGGAUCCCGCCAUCCGGAUUGAACCUCCCAAAACGCUGCCCUCCUCAGACAAAAGGAAAAACAUGUACGCGGGUGCAGAUGCUCAGAUGAACGGCGACGCGCCUCACGACGGCGGUCACGGAGACGGCGGGCACGCCGUGGGCGAGGAGCUGGAGAAAACGGGAAGGUUUUGCGGCGGCCUGUUGCUGGACAUCAAAAGAAAAGUACCUUUCUUGCUCAGCGACAUCACCGACGCCGUCCACAUCCAGGCCUUGUCUGCCAUCUUGUUCAUUUACCUGGGCACCGUCACCAACGCCAUCACUUUUGGCGGACUACUCGGCGACGCCACGGAGAACAUGCAGGGAGUUCUGGAGAGCUUUCUGGGCACGGCUAUUGCGGGCGGUGUCUUCUGCCUUCUGGCCGGCCAGCCGCUCACCAUCCUCAGCAGCACGGGACCUGUCCUCGUCUUCGAACGCCUCCUCUUCAAUUUCAGCAAGGACAACGAAUUCAACUACCUGGAGUUCCGCCUGUGGAUCGGCCUGUGGUCGGCGUUCCUGUGCCUGCUGCUGGUGGCCACGGACGCCAGCUACCUGGUCAAGUACUUCACGCGCUUCACAGAGGAAGGCUUCUCGGCCCUUAUCAGCUUCAUCUUCAUCUACGACGCCUUCAAGAAGAUGAUCAAGCUGGCGCACCACUACCCAAUCAACUCUGACUUCCGGGCGGAACAUGUCACGCAGUACGACUGCCUCUGCAUGGCGCCCACCGUCCUCGAAAACAACUCGGACUUCGUAGGCGACCCUUUAGAAGGCACAUCCAUCUGGUUCUGGAACAACACCGAUCUGCCCGUGAACGCCUCGUGGUCGUCUCUGAGUCGGAGCGACUGCCUGAAGUACAACGGCGAGCUGGUGGGCAAAGCGUGCGACUUUGUCCCCGACACCGCACUGAUGUCCAUCAUCCUCUUCUUCGGCACGUACACCUGCUCCAUGGCCCUGAAAAAGUUCAAGACCAGCCCCUUCUUCCCCACCACCGUCAGGAAACUCAUCAGCGACUUUGCCAUCAUCCUGACCAUCCUCAUCUUCUGCGGCGUGGACGCGAUGGUCGGCGUGGACACUCCUAAACUCAUCGUGCCAACUGAAUUUAAGCCGACGAGUCCCCUCCGAGGUUGGUUCGUGCCGCCGUUCGGGGGCAACCCCUGGUGGGUGUACCUGGCCUCAUCCGUGCCCGCCCUGCUGGUCACCAUCUUGAUCUUCAUGGACCAGCAGAUCACGGCGGUGAUCGUCAACAGGAAGGAGCACAAGCUCAAGAAAGGUGCGGGCUACCAUCUGGAUCUGUUCUGGGUGGCUGUGCUGAUGGUGGUGUGCUCCUUCAUGGGCCUGCCGUGGUACGUGGCGGCCACCGUCAUCUCCAUCGCUCACAUCGACAGCUUGAAGAUGGAAACGGAAACGUCGGCGCCCGGGGAACAGCCCAAGUUCUUGGGAGUCAGGGAGCAGAGGGUCACCGGCGUCGCUGUGUUCAUCCUUACCGGACUGUCGGUUUUCAUGGCUCCCAUUUUAAAGUUUAUCCCCAUGCCGGUCCUGUACGGCGUCUUCCUGUACAUGGGAGUGGCCUCUCUCAAUGGAGUUCAGUUCAUGGACCGUCUGAAGCUGCUGCUGAUGCCGGCCAAACACCAGCCCGACCUGAUUUACCUGCGGCACGUGCCGCUAAGGAAGGUACACUUGUUCACCUUCAUCCAGGCACUCUGCUUGGCCCUGCUUUGGAUCCUCAAGUCCACCGUGGCCGCCAUCAUUUUCCCCGUCAUGAUCUUGGCGCUGGUGGCCGUGAGGAAGGCCAUGGACUACAUGUUCUCUCAGCAUGACCUCAGCUUCCUCGAUGACGUCAUCCCCGAGAAGGACAAGAAGAAGAAGGAGGACGAGAAGAAGCAAAUCGGAGAAGACAGCGACGCCGAUGACUCCGACUAUCCUUACAAUGAGAAUGUUCCCAGCAUUAAAAUUCCCAUGGACAUGAUGGAGCAGGAACCGUUUUUAGGUGGUCAGCCCUCUGACAAAGAGAAGUCAGCUUCAUUUCUCGAGCGACACACGUCGUGCUGAGCAGCUUCGCUACUACCGGGCCAACUGCUUGUCCAGCCCCGAGAUGAGUCCGCUGAAGCCGGUGCCUCAGAUUAGAAUAGACAUGGACCCGGACGACGGCAACCCAUUCUACUGGUCGAGCCGAGGAUCCGAAACGUCUCUGUAGGCCCGCCAAGCCGCCACGCCCGGUAGUGGUGGUGGUGGCAUCCAGAUCUGAGACCCUCUCCACCUCCCCACCAUCUUCUUCUACUACAAAUCAGAACAUGUAAGCUAACUCUACUACUUCUUCUAUGCAACUGCAGCUCUGUCUUUCCCUCCCAGGAAUCGCUUAUAUAUUAUAACAUUUUCCUGUAGCAGGAAAUGUACAUUUUUAUAGUCUACCUCUUGUUUCAGACGAACAAGUGUGGAUUGAUCGUGGGGGAUUUGCUGAAAAGGUGUGCUUAUGUGAUUAAAUAGCUAUUAAUGGUCAAUUAACAACAGUUUUUGAUUUGUUUUUCGUUCUAAAUUAAAUCGAAACUGUUUUUUGGGGUGUGUGUGUGUGUUGGUAACUUUCGUACAUUGGAUUCUUCUCAGCUAUGGGCAAUUUCGCGUUGAAAAAAAUGUGAUGACCUUUCAAGUGGCUUAUAACGUCCAUUACAAAGUCAAUAACAAAUCAGAGUUGACAUUUUUAACUCAAAUAUUUUUCAUUUUCUUGAUUUUUGUUUAAGUACUUUUAAGAAUAGGAAUAUGUAAUACAGUUUUAAAUUAAGAAAAUCCCCUCAUAUAAUUCUGGGAAUAAUUUAGCUUUUAUGACAUUGUGCUAGUUAGCAUGAGGUCUGGAAACUGAAUCCAAAAUUCUCCCCAAAUAUCCCGGUAAAAGUAAAGAUAUCUGUCAAGCACUGAUUUCUUCGUUUCUUUUCUUUUCUUUUUUUGUUUCUUUUUUUUUGUUUCUUCUGUGUCUUCUGAGGAUUCUAGCAACGUAUUUGCUAAUUUGUGAUCAUAACAUUCCCAAAAUAAUCACAUAAAAAAAAUCUAAACAAAUAAUGAAACACUAUCUUUUUUUUUUACUGUAAUUUGAGAGGCACAUUGUAAGCGUGACUAUUUUAAAGCUUACUUUUAAUCAUGCAUGUUAGUCCAUCAGCCAAAGUAACAAUAUGAUUAUAUUUUAUAUUUAUAGUCCACGUGUGUUUUUGUUUGUUUGAUUGUUUGUUUGUUGUUAGCCAAAACAAAUACAAUAAAAAUCAACAAAUUUGAAUGGGCAUAAAUACAAGAACUCACAAGUUGUAUUUGGGGGGGCGGACUUUUCAUUAACUGUUUAUUUUUUGGUGACUUUUUAGAAUAUGUA